AUGGACUCCGAGGAUGAUAUGCACGAUGCCAACGACAUGGAGUCCCUCGACGAUGACGAUUUCUACAGCGGCGACACCGAUGAUGCUGCCUUGGACUAUUACAGCGAUUACGAUGAUGAUGCCGGUGAUUACUUCGACGAUGCCGAUAAGAUUGAGUCUCGUCGUCCUGAGCAAAAUUUUACCAUCUUGAAGGAUUCCGAUAUCCAUGUGAGGCAGGAAGAUGACAUCAGUAGAGUUGCAGCUGUUCUUUCUGUAUCAAGAGUUUUUGCAAGUAUACUACUUCGUCACUACAAUUGGAGUGUUAGUAAAGUGCAUGAUGCAUGGUUUGCUGAUGAAGAGCGAGUCCGAAAAGCGGUUGGCUUGUUGGAAAAGCCAGUUGUCCAGAAUUGUAAUGCUAGAGAGCUUACAUGUGGCAUCUGUUUUGAAAACUAUCCUUGUUCUGGGAUUGGAAUGGCUUCUUGUGGUCAUCCAUACUGUUACUCAUGCUGGGAAGGAUAUAUCAGCACGUCCAUUAAUGAUGGCCCUGGAUGUUUGAUGUUGAGAUGUCCCGAACCCACCUGUGGGGCUGCUAUUGGUCAAGAUAUGAUUGAUUUAUUAGCAUGUGAUGAAGAUAAACAAAAGUAUACCCGUUAUCUUCUUAGAUCUUAUAUUGAAGACAAUAAAAAGUCAAAGUGGUGUCCUGCCCCUGGCUGUGAAUAUGCUGUUACUUAUGAUGCCGGAGGUGGAAAUUAUGAUGUCUCUUGCCUCUGUUCGUAUAGCUUUUGCUGGAAUUGCACCGAGGAGGCUCAUCGUCCAGUAGACUGUGGCACUGUGGUAAAGUGGAUAUUGAAAAACAGUGCGGAGUCUGAAAACAUGAACUGGAUACUUGCUAACUCAAAGCCAUGUCCAAAGUGCAAGCGGCCAAUUGAAAAAAAUCAAGGGUGCAUGCACAUCACGUGCACUCCACCCUGUAAAUUUGAAUUUUGCUGGCUAUGCCUUGGUGCAUGGUCAGAUCAUGGUGAAAGAACCGGUGGAUUUUAUGCUUGCAAUCGUUAUGAAGCAGCAAAGCAAGAAGGAGUGUAUGAUGAUACUGAAAGAAGAAGAGAAAUGGCGAAGAAUUCAUUGGAGAGAUACACACAUUAUUAUGAGCGGUGGGCAAGCAACCAAUCUUCAAGGCAGAAAGCUCUUGCCGAUCUACAUCAGAUGCAAACUGUUCAUAUUGAGAAGCUUAGUGAUACACAGUGCCAACCUGAGUCACAGCUGAAGUUCAUUACUGAGGCCUGGUUGCAGAUAGUUGAGUGUAGGAGAGUGCUGAAAUGGACGUAUGCUUAUGGAUACUAUUUACCUGAGCACGAGCGUGCAAAAAAACCGUUCUUUGAGUACUUGCAAGGUGAAGCAGAAUCUGGUCUAGAGAGACUUCAUCAAUGUGCUGAAAAAGAACUACAGCAAUUCCUCAGCGCGGAAGGCCCAUCUAAAGAAUUUAAUGACUUUCGUACAAAGUUAGCUGGAUUGACUAGUGUGACUAAAAAUUACUUCGAGAAUUUAGUGAGGGCAUUAGAGAAUGGUUUAGCAGAUGUAGAUGGUAAUGGAGCUACCUUCAGCAGAGCAACGAGCUCAAAAAAUGCAGCAGGGAGCAGCAAGGGGAGAGUUGGCAGAGGAAAGGCAACUUUGCGAACCAGCAGAACGUCUGAUGAUAGUCACUGGAGCUGCGACCAUUGUUCCUCUAUGAAUAUCAAAUCUGCCACCACAUGUCAGAUUUGCAAUCAACGGCGAUGA